AUGAUUAAGUCCAUUCUGGAUAACUGGGGUAGUGUGGAUAAAAUAUUAAGUGACACUGAAAUCCAUAUAGACUUAAAUAAAUCACUAUUAAAAGUUAUGGUAGAUCUUCUGGAAGAUUUUGAGAGGAUAUUUAAGGAGUUGCAAACAUUUAGCUCACCAUCUAUAUGCUUUGUAUUGAAGAAGAUAUUUUUGAAAUUAAGGUGUUUUGCAUUUCUGAAAAAGUUUUUAAAUUUUAAAUACCAUAUCACCCAGAAGUUCAGGUGUCCCAAUGCAAAACUUAUUUGGACAGCAACAUUUUCAAAAACCGAAUUCUUCUUCCCAAAGCUAUUAACUGCGUCUAAUUCCAACUGUAUUGGAACUCCAUUAGAAGAAAUUGAACGAUAUUGUAGACAAAGAGUUCCAUUCUCCCGAAAUUUUGAGGCAAUUGAGUGGUGGAAAAAUAAUGUAAACUGUUACCCUCAUUUGUCAAAGUUAGCUUUAAAACUAUUAUCAAUACCAGCCAGUAGCGCAGCAGCUGAGAGAGCGUUUUCCCUAUUAGGUGAUAUAAUAACUAAAAAACGAAAUAGAUUAUGCCCAAAGUCUGUAGAUAGCCUCCUUUUUUUGCAUUCUUAUUACAAAAACUUAAACAGCUUGCAAUAG